AUGGACAAGCACGAUGAGGCAGUGACACAAAUCGCCGACAGGGUACGCAAAUUCUAUGCCCGCAAAGAAGCCUUUCGGAUAUAUCAUGGAUCGACGAAUAGUACUCGUCAAUCCCAUUUUCAACGAGACAGAAUGGUUGAUACAUCUGGGUUUAAUUACGUUAAACUUGGCGUGUCUAUAAACACACUUGUUAAAACUACCUUGAACUAUAGUUUAAUCCCACUAUUUGUUAUAGAAUUCCCAGGUAUCACACUAGGAGGAGGCUUUGUUGCUACGGCAGGUGAAGCCAGUUCUUUUCUCUUUAGAGAUGGCGAAGUUGUCAGAGCUUCUGCUAUUGAACGAUCAGACUUAUUUUACCGCGCUGCCUCAUCAUUUGGAACGCUGGGAUUGACAACUAUGCUCGAGGUUCAACUGAUAGAAGCUAAAGCUUAUGUUGCACUUACCUAUCAUCCUGUCACGAGCAUAAUUGAAGCACAAAGGGAGAUUGAGACAGCAACGAAGGACCCAACAUGCGAUUACCUAGACGGAAUCAUGUACUCAGAAAUCAAAGGCGUUAUCUGUGCUGGCCGCUUAACCAACGACAUCGGUCUCGAUACAAAAGUCCAAAAGUUCACCCGACCUUCAGACCCCUGGUUCUACCUCCAUGCCUACCACUUCACGGCCAAACACACCUCACCCAUCACCGAAGCCAUCCCCUUGGUCGACUACCUCUUCCGCUACGACCGCGGCGGAUUCUGGGUCGCCCGCUACGCAUACACAUACUUCCUCACGCCCUUCAACCGCGUAAUCCGCUACCUCCUCGACCACUACAUGCACACCCGCGUCCUGUACCACGCCGUGCACCGAAGCGGCCUCUCCUCCCAAUACAUAAUCCAAGAAGUCGCCAUCCCAUAUCCUCAAACCGCAACAUUCAUGACCUACCUCGCCACGACCUUCAAAAACUACCCUAUCUGGCUGUGUCCCCUAAAACAGAGCGGCAAGGGAAUAGCAUCAACACACUCCCUACAAGUCGAUAAACUCAACCAAAAGUUUGUAACCUGGAACCGAGAUUUCGAGCAAAAGGUUCAUGAAUUAGGUGGGCAGAAAUGGUUGUAUGCUCAUACGUACUACAUUGAACAGGAGUUUGACGAGAUAUACAAUCGCAAAGAAUACGAUGCUUUGAGAAAGAAGUAUAGUGGGAGUUACUUGCCUAGUGUGUAUGAGAAAGAGAAAGUAGAUAUUAGCAAAGAGAAAGUGAAAGCUGAGAACGAAACUUGGAGGGAAUGGACGAGGAGACAUGUCAAGAGUGCUUGGCCUUUGCAGGGCUUGUAUGGGGUGUAUAAAGCUGCAAUGAACGGCGAGUACCUUUUGGCGAGGACAGAGAAGAAGGCUGGGAAAAUGGAGUGAAGUAUAGUGCCGGUCGUGUACAAUCAGUAGUGUAUGUACGAAUCCGAAUCCAGAACUAUUGGCAUGAAUUGAACAGCAUCUGCAAUUGCACGGCUGCAGCACUUGCGUGUACUCUUGUUUCACUGCGUUGCGCAUCCUCUAAUUCCGGAAAGCAGUUGAAAUAAAGCAAAGCUCGAAGCAAUUUGCCAUUGAUGUAUUCCAUGCGCCAACACAAAUCUUAAAGACAAUCUAUCCAUGAACGGUUCGUGAGUCUAUCCCUCAUACCUGAACGAUACAACGUCCAAUCUAAACCAAACUCCAUCAUAAGCCUAGAAUUUCUCCAUCAGGUUCUUCCUGACGGUC